UGCCGUAUCGGAUAAGGAGAAGGAAGAGGGGAGAGAGAAAAAAUAAAACGGUUUUGCGGCCAGAAGGGAGGCUAUCCCGUAACGGAUUGUGGAUGCAAAGAACUUCGACAGACAAGCAGAUGUUUUUUGAAUCGCUUCUGAAGCUACAUCUUUCUGUACAAGGACAACCGUGAAGGAUGAAUCUUGAAACCAGCGGCGGCAGGAGCGCGAACGGGGAUGCUGUGAUAUGUCCAUAGACGGCGAGGGAGGGAGAGAGCAAGGGAUAGAAGGGAGGAGGGAGGAGAGUACUACGCCAGCUAAAUAUUGUCAUUUUUUGUAGAACCACGAUUUAUUACAACCAUCCAAUCGAGCAUUUUACAUAAUAGAGAAAACGAUUAUUUCUCGAAAGAAAAAUAUAUUUUGGUCUGAACAGAAACGCAAGGUGAAAUUGUUGACAGACGUUGACUGGAGAAUACAGAUUGAAAGAAGUGUAGGCUAGUCCGAACGGGUGUGGAUAGCAGGGUGGCUGUUUUGACUCUCUGUUCCCCUCUAUUUCCUGAUACCAGGCCCUGGGAUAAUCCGAAGAGUGCACCGGAUAUUGGGAAAACCACCCCUCUGAGGCUAAAACGGAAUAUUACUAUUCAUAUAGCCUAAAGGGCGGAGCAGAGAUAGUUUACAUACCAAAAUGGGAUAACAAGAGGUGGAGGGAGACUAAAAUAUGUUACGAUAAUAAGAUUCUUUACAAAUGUCAUUAGUAUGUUAUUAUAAGGAUCACUGAUGACAGUAACGGGUGUAGGCUAUGGGGUGCAGAAUUGUGUGCAAUCUAGCCGUUACAUGGAGCCUAUCUGAUUCAAUCAUUUUCGAUAGGCUAUUGCAGCUCCUUACAUCUAUCUGCCUGUACUAAUAUUAACAAUAGGACACAUUUAUUUCGUAUACUGUUAAUAAUAAUUGUAAUUCAUAAUAACUGGCAUCAUUUUGGACUUCUCAAAUAUGCACCUGUCAAUCUCCCUACGAAUUUCUCUCUUCCACUUUCUAACAUCCCAUUAUUUCAUUCCUGUUUAGUUAAUUCACGGUCGUUGAUAAUAAGCUGGAGUUUACCGAAUUUAUAUCACGGUAACCGCAUAGAAAAAGGCAAGUGCAUGGGAGUAGCCCAGCCUAGACGAUAGGCCACGAAAUUGUCAUCACGACUACAACCGCUCUCUCCAUUCCUCCCUGUGACAAUAUCGCUAGGCGUCUGUAAUGCUAUUACCGUGGAGCCGUUCUACCCCGAGGACCGAUAGCUAUAAAUUCCUAUUGAAAACAACAGUGAUUGAUCUCCUUAUCAUCAUAUAAUUUCGCCUUCAACGCACGGACAUCAUGACAAGCAAGGAGCUGUCCGUAGGCCAGUCGGCCCAAUACGUCGGGCCUUACCGGUUGGAGAAAACCCUUGGGAAGGGGCAGACAGGUUUGGUGAAGCUGGGAGUCCACUGUAUUACGGGACAGAAGGUGGCCAUAAAGAUUGUGAACCGAGAGAAGCUGUCUGAGUCUGUCCUUAUGAAGGUGGAGAGGGAGAUAGCUAUUCUAAAACUAAUAGAGCACCCUCAUGUGCUGAAGCUGCAUGAUGUUUAUGAGAAUAACAAAUACCUGUAUCUGGUGUUGGAGCAUGUUUCAGGAGGAGAGUUAUUUGACUACCUGGUGAAGAAGGGCAGACUGACACCUAAAGAGGCCAGGAAGUUCUUCAGACAGAUCAUCUCAGCGCUGGACUUCUGCCAUAGCCACUCUAUAUGUCAUAGAGACCUGAAGCCUGAGAACCUGCUCCUGGAUGAGAAGAACAACAUCCGCAUCGCUGACUUUGGCAUGGCCUCCCUACAGGUGGGGGACAGCCUGCUAGAGACCAGCUGUGGAUCUCCUCACUAUGCAUGUCCAGAAGUUAUCAGGGGGGAGAAGUAUGAUGGUCGCAGGGCAGAUGUAUGGAGCUGUGGCGUUAUUCUCUUUGCACUGCUGGUGGGAGCUCUACCCUUUGACCAUGACAACCUGCGCCAGCUCCUUGAGAAGGUGAAGAGUGGGGUGUUCCACAUGCCCCACUUCAUCCCCCCAGACUGCCAGGCCCUGCUCAAAGGAAUGAUUGAGGUCAACCCUGACAAGAGACUCACGCUAGAAGCAAUACAAAAACACUCAUGGUAUCUUGGUGGUCGUAACGAACCGUGUCCGGAGCAGCCUCCUCCCAGGCGUGUGUGUGUGAAGAGGAUUGUGUCGCUGACAGAGCUGGACCCCGAUGUACUGGACAGCAUGCACUCUCUGGGCUGCUUCAGAGACCGGGGGAAACUGACCCAGGACCUGCAGUGUGAGGAAGACAACCAGGAGAAGAUGAUCUACUACCUCCUCUUGGACAGGAAAGAGCGUUACCCCAGCUGUGAGGACGAAGACCUGCCGCCCAGGAAUGAUAUAGGUCUCCCAGCAGAUCCGCCUAGGAAACGGGUGGACUCUCCCAUGCUGACCCGUCAUGGCCGGUGCCGGCCGGAGAGGAAGAGUCUGGAGGUGCUGAGUGUGACGGAGCAGGGCUCCCCCACACCCACGCGCAGGGCGCUAGACACCUCCGCACACAGCCAGAGGUCUCGUUCAGUCAGUGGAGCUUCAACAGGGCUCUCAUCAAGUCCUCUCAGCAGUCCCAGGAGCCCAGUUUUCACUUUCAGCCAAUCAGAAGUCACCUCCUCCUCCACCACCCACUCCAAAGACCCCAAACCAGGAAGUGCCACCACUCCCCGGCCGUCACAACGGACGACCGUGCCUGACCCCAAAACCCAGACUCUGCCCUCCAAAGGGCUCUCCGAUCGCCCUCACCUCCAGUCCAUGAAGUCACUACCUCUCCAAGCUCCCCCCUCUCCGUCCCCCUCACCCAUCCUCUCCCCCAUCCCUCGCUUCUUUUUUUUCCCCGCCCCCUCCGUCUUUAAGUCAGUCACUAAGAACAUCUAUCCUAACUCUGCCCCUGUGCCACAGGUCACCCCUCAGGGGUCUCCACUCCCCACCCCCCUGGGCACCCCCGUCCACCACCCCCAGCACCCCCCGCCCACCCCUCCCUCCUCCUCCUCCUCCUCCUCCUCCUCGCGGGCAGAGGGAGGGGGCGGGGGCGGAUCCCUCUCCCUAACCCCGCCCUCCAGCCCUGGAGGCAGCGGGGGGAUGGCCGCCAGUAGCUCCGCCCACUGGAGGACACGCCUCAACUCCUUUAAGAACAACCUGCUGGGAUCGCCACGCUUCCACCGACGCAAACUGCAGGUUCCAACACCGGAGGACAUGUCCAGUCUAACUCCAGAAUCAAGCCCAGAGCUGGCCAAGAAGUCGUGGUUUGGGAACUUCAUCAGCCUGGAAAAGGAGGAACAGAUAUUUGUUGUCAUUAGAGACAAACCGCUUAGUUCCAUCAAAGCUGAUAUAGUCCAUGCCUUCUUGUCUAUCCCGUCCCUGAGUCACAGCGUCGUCUCCCAGACCAGCUUCAGAGCAGAAUAUAAGUCCUCUGGUGGCCCCUCCGUCUUCCAGAAGCCUGUUAAGUUCCAGGUGGACAUUGCCUUCUCUGAGGGAGAGAGGGACAGAGAAAAGGAACGAGCCGAGAGGGAAGGAAAGAGGGAAAAUGGCAUCUACAGUGUGACUUUCACCCUCAUAUCAGGUAGUCCAAGUCGCAGGUUCAAGAGAGUGGUGGAAACGAUUCAAGCCCAACUACUUAGUACUCAUGAUCAGCCAUCUGUACAGGCACUGGCUGAUGAGAAGAAUGGGCAGCUGACCUCGCGUCCGCCCAGCACCCCGACCCGGCAAAACUCCCGACGUUCGGAAGGAGGCGGGGACCGGGGCGAGAGGUGUGAGCGUGGUGACGCAGGGAUAGGGGGCAGUGGGAGCGUGCUUCAGAGGAGGAGCUCGGGCAAAGACAAGACCAGACUCCUUUCCUCCAACGGGACACAGUCCCAGCCCUGAGGGAACAUUCUGGAAACAGACAACAGGAUAGGGCAGAUAGAGAGAGAUGACCCUAGAGAACAACACAGACAAACCCCCUCAGACUACCACUAUCACCACUACCACCGCCACAUCUACCAAACCACCUGACCCAGCAAUCAUCAUCACAUACCACUGCUUCAACCUGAAACGGGCCCAACAAGAUAGUUGGCCACCAAGAUGGAAGAAAGAAAAUAGCGGAUGAGAGUAAAACGCAGUGUCACUCAGAUUAGCUUCAGAAGACAAGAUCAGAAAAAUGUCUAAUUGUACGUUUAAAGUACAACACAUCAUGCAACUGCCAACAACAAUAUGUAGCCAGUAAAAUAAGCGGGCAGACUUAUAUGGGGAAUGGCAGGCUCUGAAUGGUUAAAGGCUAAAUUGAUUUUUUUUUAAAGUUAUCUGGUCUGCAACCAAUAAGAUGAAAACCAUUGUGAAAAUUCCGAAAUAAUAUCAACAAUUAUAACAGUGUUUCCCAGUUGACGUGGAUCCACUUUUAAGUUUUACCUAACAUCGCUUUUUGGGACAGUGAGAGUGAAAUAUUACGGGUCAAGUCAAUUCAGUGGAUAUCAAGGAAACGGACAGGUUGGGUCCUUUCACUGGAUUCUCAUUAACGAUAAGUUACGAGAACAGAAACAUGGUAGAAUUUAAGAUAAUGAUGAGGAAGACUGCAUCAAAAUCAGAAUGAAGCGUCCAAAUGCAUCUUUGCAUCCAAGUAGCUCCAAAGAUGUCAAUACAGCUAUUUGAACAAAAUAAAGACAAAUAUCUGUUUUUCUUUAUAACUAAGCACCACAAUUGUAUGAUUCCUAAAAUGCAAUUGAAAGAAACUUAUGAAAACCAUCUUGCCUUUAAAUGAGGAUUAAGCAACAGAUAUCUCUACAGAUAUCACCCAAGUUGAAGAAAAAUAACAGACGAGGCAUGGAAGAAAGUCUCAACGCCCCCACUACAACUGACAUCUGGAAUAUGUAGAGAUUUCAAACAGAUAAUGGAACGAUAUAACUAGAAUCAUUAGAGUAAUACUAUGAAUGGAACCCUCAGCAGAUCCUCUGAAUGAUGAGCUCUGUUCACUUCAGUCCAAUGGAAGAUGAAGAAGAUGUAGUUCAUAGGAAGUUACCUUCAUCGGUUGUUUAUUCCAGGAGGACUGAACCAAGCACUCCACAUACAUUAUUGUUUUCUACAGAAAACAACCAACCCUCCCUCCUCCCUCCCUUACAUUCACAAUAUGGCCGACAUGGGGCACUGAAUGAUGUGGCUUUUGAAAAGGCCCUAAACUGACUUGUUCUGUUAAGAGAGCAGAGGGUGGUGAGGAGGUGGAAAAGCUCAUUUCAAGAAACAAAAAGAGACUUUGACUUAAGGAUGACAGAGAGAAAAACAUUGAAACCGCUGCACACUCAUUCCCAGGAGAGGAAAGGAACAGACCACACAAAAAUUAUGAAAUCCAUUUAGUUUUUUGUUUCCUUUCACCUUUUGUUUAUGUGAUUUGAGCACAAAUGAGUUUGAUGUUUGCCACCAACAAAAUGGAGUUAACGCUAACCAAGUGAAUGUCAAAAACAACAUAUUUAUUAUAUUUAUUUAUUUCAUUUUAUGUCAUAGAUUUAUUUAAUAUUUAUUUAUGUAUUUAUUUGUUGAUUUAUAUAUUGCAAAGAGGAAAUGUAGUGGAAAGGGAAGAUGCUGACAAAAAUAGAGUGGAAAGUUCUGUUGGAAUAUUGAAACAGCAUUGAAACUGACAAAAUGGCUGCUGUAGUUGAAACCAGAUUGAACCCUCUUUUCCAGAGCGAGUCAGAAAACAACCUCUUGUCCAUUCAUUCCUCAAUGUUAUAGAAACCAAUGCUGCAAAAUUUCUUCCAGCUCUUUUUGAUGUCUUUAUUGUUGAUUUGUCUUUGUUUGGUAUAAUGAAGAUUUCCCAUUAAAAGCAACAAAACAAAACUAAUUUUAAGAAAUGAACCAAGGAUAAAUUUGAUGCUUUGGGAAUUUCUGGGAUGGCAAAAAAUAUGAAAAUCUUCCAUGAAGUAAAUAAAAAAUUAUUGUCUAUGGACACUUGGAAAAAGCAGAGAGCAGGAAAGGGUGGGGAUAGUAAUCUCUGUCUUAUUCUGCUAGAAUGUUGUUACUUAAGCGUACAAAGAUAUGGACACACCACAUAAAAACACUGACUGAGGGCCCAACACCACGUGCAGAACACAAGCAGUAUUCACAUACACACGGACCCUCCUGUUCUUUCAGAGAAAAAAAAACUAUUAUAAAUUUGACCUUAAAAUUG